GUCGCCCAGCCCUCCGCGCCCCGGAAGCGCUGCCCCGGAAGCGGUCGGCGCUGCCCCGGAAGCGGUCGGCGCGCCGCGGCGGGGUGGGCGAAGAUGCCGCUGCCGGUUCAGGUGUUUAACUUGCAGGGGGCCGUGGAGCCCAUGCAGAUCGAUGUGGACCCCCAGGAGGACCCGCAGAACGCCCCCGAUGUCAACUACGUGGUGGAGAACCCCACGCUGGACCUGGAGCAGUACGCAGCCAGCUACAGCGGGCUCAUGCGCAUCGAGCGCCUGCAGUUCAUUGCCGACCACUGCCCCCCGCUGCGGGUGGAGGCCCUGAAGAUGGCCCUCUCCUUUGUGCAGAGGACCUUCAACGUGGACAUGUACGAAGAGAUCCACCGCAAGCUCUCGGAGGCCACCAGGGAGCUGCAAAACGCGCCUGACACCAUCCCAGAGAGUGGCGUGGAGCCGCCGCCCCUGGACACGGCCUGGGUCGAGGCGACACGGAAGAAGGCCCUGCUGAAGUUGGAGAAGCUGGACACAGAUCUGAAGAAUUACAAGGGCAACUCCAUCAAGGAAAGCAUCAGGCGUGGCCACGACGACCUGGGUGACCACUAUCUGGACUGUGGGGACCUGAGUAAUGCCCUCAAGUGUUACUCCCGGGCCCGGGACUACUGCACCAGCGCUAAGCACGUCAUCAACAUGUGCCUCAACGUCAUCAAGGUCAGCGUCUACUUGCAGAACUGGUCUCACGUGCUGAGUUACGUCAGCAAGGCCGAGUCCACCCCGGAGAUUGCCGAGCAGCGUGGGGAGCGGGACAGCCAGACCCAGGCGAUCCUCACCAAGCUCAAGUGUGCUGCCGGUCUGGCCGAGCUGGCUGCGCGCAAGUACAAGCAGGCUGCCAAGUGCUUCCUGCUGGCUUCGUUCGAUCACUGUGAUUUCCCCGAGCUGCUUUCCCCCAGCAACGUGGCCGUCUACGGAGGCCUAUGUGCCUUGGCCACCUUUGACCGGCAGGAGCUGCAGCGCAAUGUCAUCUCCAGCAGCUCCUUCAAGUUGUUCUUGGAGCUGGAGCCACAGGUUCGUGACAUUAUCUUCAAAUUCUACGAGUCCAAGUACGCGUCGUGUCUGAAGAUGCUGGAUGAGAUGAAGGACAACCUGCUCUUGGACAUGUACCUGGCCCCCCACGUCAGGACCCUGUACACCCAGAUCCGCAACCGCGCCCUCAUCCAGUAUUUCAGCCCCUAUGUGUCUGCGGACAUGCACAAGAUGGCCACGGCCUUCAACACCACCGUGGCCGCACUGGAGGACGAGCUGACGCAGCUCAUCCUGGAGGGUCUCAUCAACGCGCGCAUCGACUCCCACAGCAAGAUCCUGUAUGCCAGGGACGUGGAUCAGCGCAGCACCACCUUCGAGAAGUCCCUGCUGAUGGGGAAGGAGUUCCAGAGACGUGCCAAAGCGAUGAUCCUGCGGGCGGCCGUGCUUCGCAACCAGAUUCACGUCAAGUCCCCACCCCGAGAAGGGAGCCAGGGGGAGCUGACGCCGGCCAACAGCCAGUCCCGAAUGAGCACCAACAUGUGAGGGUGCUUGUCGGCCUUCAGGGCGGUCUACACUCCCGCGCCCCCACCUUCGGACUCACCCACAGGCUCCCAUCGCUCGUGCGUAUGGCCCUUGUGCAGGUCCCCCCCACCCCCGGGCUUCCACAUCCAGCUUCUUGUGCUCCCUCCACCCUGUUCCCCACGCUGGGGGCCUGGCGAAGGGGGCUGCUGCUCGAGGCCCUUCCUGGGAGGAGAGAGCUGUGGGGCCCACCGUGUGCCCCCCACUCCGAGGCCCAGCCUCCCUGUUGUCGCGUCAUUCAGGGUUGCAGACAAGUUCAGUCUCAGCCCAUUAAAGGGCAGCCUGAGAACACC